ACAUGCGUCGCGUACGUAACAACUGCGUAACAAAACCUUUGCUGCGCAGUGUCGAUUUCUUUCCAAGAGCUAAAUGAAUGAAUAAUUUUAAUUUUGUGAACAGUUUUAAUAACCUGACUUAAAGAUUCAGAAUAGGAUAUGAAUGAGUAUUUUGAGUGAAUUUUUUUUUUGAUAAUUCAUCCGAGGGAUAUCGAAAUCAUCUAGCCAUUUGUUUUCUUGAUAGGUAGACAAAUAUUACGCACAACGAAUAAAUUGCGGUGUCAUUGAUGCGGCAGCGGCGGGCGCGCUGUGAGAUAUUGGACGACGAUCAGUUUCAUUUUAAAUAUAAUUUAAAUUAAGUAAACUGGUUCAUUACUGGUGCAUCUACUAUACAACGGAAGAAAAGUUAUAUUUGUCACUUUUGUUGACAACAGGAAACCAUGAGUAUCCUGGAGUACAAUGGUGGUGCGGUGAUUGCCAUGAAGGGCAAGGACUGCGUGGCGAUCGCCAGCGAUCUGCGCUACGGCAUCCGGCUGCACACGCACGGCACCAACUUCCCGAAAGUGUUUGAGAUGGGCCCUCGGCUGUACCUGGGUCUUCCCGGCCUCCUCACCGACACACAGACCGUUCACGAGCGACUCAAGUUCCGUCUGAACCUGUUCGAACUGCGUGAGAACCGGCCCGUCUCGCCGAAAACGUUCGGCGCCAUGGUCUCAAACUUCCUGUACGAACGCAGGUUCGGCCCGUACUUCGUUGAGCCGGUCGUGGCGGGUCUAGACGAGGAUGGCAAGCCCUACCUCAACGUCAUGGACCUGAUCGGCUGCGAGACCGAGACGGACGACUUUGUCGUCUCCGGCGUCUGUAACGAGCAGAUGUACGGCAUGUGCGAGUCGCUCUGGGAGCCCGAUCUCGAGCCGGCCGAUCUGUUCGAGACCAUCGCUCAGGCGCUCAUCAACGGCUUCGACCGUAACGCCGGCACCGGAUGGGGCGCCAUUGUGCACGUCAUUGAGAAGGAUAAGGUGACCACCCGCACUGUGAAGACUCGGAUGGACUGAGAACCUCCGCCGUCCGUCCUCCAGCUCCUUUCCCCCAGUGAUCGCGUUCGCUCGUUCGCCGCCGCCAGCCGUGUCUCCGCGGCGAUUCUCACUGUGUGCGCCGCUUGGCGCGCUAAUAAAACAUGUGAACAAA